AGAUACAAAAGCAGAGAGACAAUUUAGUGUUCUUUUGUUUUUAUUAUGUUCAGGUUCUGCACAAUGAAGACCAGACUAGGAUGCCUGUCCAAAAAAUCUGACUCCUACAACGAUUUUUCUGAGUUCCUGCCCCCUGCUCAUGAGACCACAGCCAGGUGUCUAAAACUGUCAACGGAUGAGGUUGUGCGAUGGUCUGAAUCGUUUGAUCACCUUCUAUCCCACAAAUAUGGGCUGGCUGCAUUCAGGACGUUUCUCAAGUCAGAGUUCAGUGAUGAAAACAUAGAAUUUUGGAUGGCGUGUGAGGAGUACAAAAAGAUCAAGAGCUCAACCAAGCUUGUGUCAAAGGCAAACAAAAUAUUUAAGGAGUUCAUUGAGGUCCAGUCACCAAGAGAGGUAAACAUUGACUAUCGCACCAGGGAAAAGACUAAGCAGAUCCUGGCAGAUCCUUCCCCAACCAGUUUUGACGAGGUCCAAGGCAAAAUCUACAGCCUCAUGGAGAAGGACUCCUACCCACGAUUUCUAAGGUCCAAGAUGUACCAGGACAUGGUCAACAGGGCUCAUGCGCAAGGUCAGCGGAGAUCUGUUUGACCAAAUCCGAAGAGCACAGCGGACAUAAAAGCGGACCUAUACACUGUAGAUCAUUCAUAACCCUUCGACAUUAUCUCUUAAUACUGUGAAUCACCAUUGGAGAGGAGACAUGCUUGAUUAUUUCUUUAAUCAACACCAUCUCCAUGCAUUCGGUCCCUUUAGAUACCUCUCUGUAAGUUGAGGA